ACCUUUUAGUCACAUUUUAGUCAUUUCAUCCUUUGUUAGUUUUAGUUAUUAUCAGUCAACUAAAACUCUGGACAAUAUUUGUCUAGUUUUAGACACAGACAUUUUAGUCACAUAAUAGUUUAAAAAAUUAUCUUAAAUCAUGAAUAUUUGGGCUACUUCUAACUUCCAUCAUGUCCACAUUAAGAUAGCCUUGUCCAGAUAGGCUUACUGUCCCCUACUACACCUUAGCUGGCAACAUUGAUAUUGUGGCAGACUGUAACCAAUACCAGCCAUAAUUAAUCAUGUAGGCUAUAAAGCCUUGGCUAGAGGUUAAACAAUGUACGGCUGUGAUUCCCCCCCAUCAAAACCGUUAAGGAGGAAAAUAACACUUUUCUCUUUAAAAAGGGGAGAAUUCUACCUUUCCAGAAAUGACAGAAGUAUUACUGUCCUCCUAACUUUCAACACAUACCAUUCCUUUUUCCCUUAGGACAAAAAGCUACCACAAGAGCGGCGUGAGAGCAGCAACACAGAUUCAUGAAUAAAAGUGCAAAUGGGAAAAUAUAGAGCUUCUGAUCUGAUCAAAGCAAAAAUAGCCUACAUGAAAGUAAGAGAGAAUGAGUAUUGUUUCUAGUUUAGUUUAGUUACAAGUCAAGUGUCCUGGCUUCGCAUCAACUCAAAAGAUUGACGAGUGACUGAAGGGACCGCCUGGGAGCUAUGUGGGAGAGCCGGGCAGAUCAGCCAAUCAGACCACACAAAUGAAAGAUGUCAAUUCUGCCAAUGAGAGGAUUGCAUGAAAUAUUCUGUACGCAUGCUUAGGAUUGGACAAAACAGAUGAAAAUGAGCUUUAUGUCAAAUUAAAUGUCCAUUAGUCUCACUUGGAAUUCUCGUCUCAUUACAUUUUGGUCGACUAAAAUGACAAGUAUUUUUCGUCAUAGUUAUUGUUUGAUGAAAUUAACACACACACACACACACACAAACUCUUUCUCUCUCUCACUCUCUCUCUGUCUUUCCGUGUCUGUGUAGUGGUGGUACAUUCCCCGACGACGAUGGGUCUCGUCAGGAGGUGAAGAACAGUCUGUUUGUUGGGGAGAGUAAGAACAGGGGGAUGCCCAUUCCUGACAACCGUAUCUGGGGCCCCGGGGGGCCCGACCUCAACGGGAGGACCCUGCCUCGAGGAGUGUGAGUGUUGGCUCGUAUACACACACACACACACUGUGUGUCUCUCUCCCUCUCCUCUUCUUUUCUCUGUCUGUUAAUGUCUUGUUCUCCUCUCCUCUACUCCCCUUCUCCUUCUCCUCUCCUCAUUCACAUUUUACCCUGAAAUGAACCCCUUCAACUUUUCCCUUUCCAGUGUUUUGCGUGCUUGGCCAGACAGAAAGUAUGAAUAGAAGUAUGUCUCAACUUGUGCAUAUCGGACAUUCUUUCAUUGUCUGGGUGAAAGAAACACGUCAUCCAUCAUCUGUCUCAAUAGUACAUGAGAUGCUAUCUGGAGAGAAAAUGAUAAUUUGCAACCACAAUUGAACUUUUGCAUACUGUUACAAAACGGUCCCAAGAUGCAGCUGUUAUCUAAUAUUCGAUACCACAGAGCUUUGUCUGUGUGCUGAAAGAGACAAUGAUGUUCCCUCCGACACACUUGGGAACAUAGCAUCGCAAACCACACAUGAUCUUGACUGUGUCCCAAAUAGCACCCUAUUCCCUAUAUGGUGCGCUACUUUUGACCAGGGUCUGUCUCUCUGUCUGUCCGUCAAUUUCUCGGUCUCUCUCGCUCUCUUACUCUCUCUAACUCGUCUCUCUCCCUCUAACUGGUCUUUCUGACUCUCUGUAUGUUUGUCCUGUAGUGACUUCCCCAUCCGCGGUAUGCAGAUUUACGACGGGCCCAUCAACGUGCAGAACUGCACCUUCCGAAAAUACAUUGCCCUGGACGGGCGACACACCAGCGCCUUUGGCUUCAGACUCAACAACUCCUGGCAGAGCUGCCCUAACAACAACGUCACCGACAUCACCUUCGACGACGUGCCUGUGAGUGUGUGUGAGUGUGAGUGUGUGUGUAUGUGUGGGGGGGAUUGUAUCCCGCUGGUUAGCAAUUAUCUGUGCACGUGAAGGGAGUUGUGGUGUAUUGUGUGUGUGUGUGUGUGUAUAUGUUUGCGCUAAAGCGUAAAUGCACAUUUUGGGCAAGAGCUUUCAUGUUGGCUUAUGGUUAUUGUAGUGCCAUAAGCAUACGGGUCUUACAGGUGAGACAUGCUGUUGGUUCUCACCUCCAUGACACUCACUGAAUCCAGCAUCUCUCCUCUCCUCUCCUCUCCUCUCCUCUCCUCUCCUCUCCUCUCCUCUCCUCUCCUCUCCUCUCCUCUCCUCUCCUCUCCUCUCCUCUCCUCUCCUCUCCUCUCCUCUCCUCUCCUCUCCUCUCCUCUCCUCUCCUCUCCUCUCCUCUUCUCCCCUCUCCCCCUUCCUCCCCCUCUACCCCCUGCUCUUCUUAUCAGAUAACAUCCCGGGUGUUUUUCGGCGAGCCCGGCCCAUGGUUUAACAAGAUGCAGAUGGACGGUGAUAAGACCACGAUAUUCCAUGAUGUGGACGGCUCGGUCAGUGAGUACCCUGGAGCUUUCCUGGUCAAAGAGGACAACUGGCUACUGAGACACCCUGACUGUAUCGACGUGCCUGACUGGAGGGCUGCCAUCUGUAGUGGGCAUUAUGCACAGGUUGGUAUGCAUACGCCAUGCAGGCUGAAGGAAGCAUGCAGCAGGCGCACAAGCGUGCACGCAAGCAUGCAUGCACACACACACACUGUAUCUUAUACAAACACAUACACUCAAAUGAGUACACAGUAUGUUCUCACACACACGCCCUCUCUCUCUCUCACACACACACACAAAACACACACACACUCUUUCUCUCUCUCUCACACACACAAUAAUAUGCCAUUUAGUAGAGGCUUUUAUCCAAAGCGAUUUACAGUCAUGUGUGCAUAAAUUUUUACGUAUGGGUGGUCCCGGGGAUCGAACCCACUACCCUGGCGUUACAAGCGCCAUACUCUACCAAUUGAGCUACAGAGGACCACCCAUACGUAAAAUGACCUACUAUCUUUUACACACACACAUGCACAGACACUCUCACCUACACAGUGUCACACAUGACCAGUCACACACACACACAGUGUUCAUCUGCAGUGGGCAGACCCCAUUAAGAGACAGUUAGCUCCAACCCGCCACUAGCCACCCUGCUAGCCAGCACCUCCUGCAAUGGCAUACAUCAACACAGCCCUCCCAACAGCUGGUGUCACUUCAACGUUUUAAUUUUGACAGAUAUUCUGUUUACUUUUAUUGUUGUUUUCUUUUAAAUAAAGUGGUGGUUAAGUUUCGUCUCAAAGCUAACACACUAGGUUUUUUGUGCAGUGUAACCUCAUAUUCAAAUCACUCACAUCCCCUUUACCCAAUGAUCCCUGUUCUUUACCUUCUAAUGUCUUCCAGAUUAGUGAAUAUGUUCUAAUAGUAUUUCAACGCCAUGCUCAUGUGCAAGAGUUACAAUUGCUGUUGAAUCCUAGUCACACACACGUGUGCGUGUGUGUUUGCACGUGUGUCUGUAUGCGUUGGUGUAUUAAUGUGUGCGUCUGUGUGGUCCCUCAGAUCUACAUCCAGACACGUAACCCUGCCAGUCUGAACAUGCAGAUGGUAAAGGAUGAGUACCCUGACAGACCCCUGACACUAGAGGGCGCUCUGGGCAAGAGGAAACACUACCAGCAGUUCCAGCCUGUGGUCACACUGGCUAAAGGCUACACUGUACACUGGGACCAGGCCGCUCCUGCAGAGAUCACUGUGUGGCUCAUCAACUUCAACAGGUUGGUAGUGGACACAGAGAGACAGACACACACACCAUCCACCACACACACACACACACACACACAGACACACACACACACACACACACACACACACACACACACACACACACACACACACACACACACACACACACACACACACACACACACACACACACACACACACACACACACACACACACCACACACACACACACACACACACACACACACACACACACACACACACACACACACACACAGAGAGAGACACCCACACACUGGCUAAGGGCUACACAGGUUGGUAGUGGAUGCAGAGAGAGACACACACACACAAACACACUCUCGACCACACACGCACUCCCCACACACACACACACACACACACACACACACACACUAUUCAAUUCCUUCUCCCAGCAUUGUUUCAGCAUCUGAUCCAAACUGUCGACAACAUGGCACCACAUCCAAUGAGUCAUCCACACUCCAGAAACCCAAAGCCAUCCCCUGACCACGUGGUCAUAUUAAUAAACCCCAUAUCAUCAAGUCACACCCUUGCCUUCCCUGAACCCUAUAACCCAAGGGACAGUGUGAUACAGUAGUUUAUGGUGGCUGUUUGUCAUAGCAUAUGACAUCGCCCCUGCCCAGCAAAUAUACUUAAUAGCAUUGGCAGUCAUUUGAAUAGCAGAGGCAUGGUAGUCAUUUCAAGCGUGUUAGCUAUUCCCUGGCCUGAGAUUACCCCGAAAGGACUCGGAGGCAUACAUUGGGGGAUAUGGGAAUUCCCAUUGGUUACAUGCUACUCUGGCGCCAUCUAUUGUUUAUGGAAUGGAACUGCAGGUUCAGCCAUAGACACUGUAUUACAUUUAACAUUUUAGUCAUUUAGCAGACGCUCUUAUCCAAUACUUUUUUCGUACUGGUCCCCCGUGGGAAUCGAACCCAGGCGCUGCAAGCGCCAUGCUCUACCAACUGAGCUACAUGGGACUGCAGAGUCGUAUUCACUAGUUUCUAGUUCCACUAUCACCAAACGGAAGAAAGCUGACUGAAACAGAGAGAGACUAACCUGAACUUGUCCAAUAAAGAACGGCAAAAUGUUUUGCAUCGGUGUGUGUACUAAUUCAUAUGACAGGUGAGUGGGAGUAGUAUUUAGCCCUAGCUCAGUGAUGGGCUGCCUCCUGUAAAAUGUCCUUUUUGAUAUACUUGAUUAACUGUGUGUGUGUGUGUGUGUGUGUGUGUUCCAGGAACGACUGGAUCAACGUGGGCUUCUGCUACCCACCAGGCACCACCUUCACGGUCAUCUCGGACAUCCACAACCGGCUGACCAAGCAGACCAGGAAGACCGGUGUGUUCAUGAGGACCACACAGAGAGACAAGAUCAACCAGUCCCACCUGUCCCGAGGCUAUUACUACUGGGAGGAAGAUACCGGGUGAGGGGAGAGGGUGAGGAGGGAGGGAGGGGGGAGGGGAGGGGGAGAGAGGGUGAGGAGGGAGGGAGGGGGGAGAGAGUAGAGGGGGUGAGGAGGGAGGGAGGGGGGAGGGGGGAGAGGAGAGAGGGUGAGGAGGGAGAGACAUCUAUCUACUCCUGUCCCAUCUACAGGAAUGUGUAGUAGAAGAGUAUGUAGUCUCCCUCUCAGCCUGCUGGUCCUCACAGUGAAUCUAUAUUAACUCUCUGACUCCCCUGUCUCCCUCUCAGCCUGCUGGUCCUCACAGUGAAUCUCUAUUAACUCUCUGAUCUCCCCUGUCUCCCUCUCAGCCUGCUGGUCCUCACAGUGAAUCUCUAUUAACUCUGUCUCCCCUGUCUCCCUCUCAGCCUGCUGGUCCUCACUGUGAAUCUCUAUUAACUUUCUGUCUCCCCUGUCUCCCUCUCAGCCUGCUGGUCCUCACUGUGAAUCUCUAUUAACUUUCUGUCUCCCCUGUCUCCCUCUCAGCCUGCUGGUCCUCACAGUGAAUCUCUAUUAACUCUCUGUCUCCCCUGUCUCCCUCUCAGCCUGCUGGUCCUCACAGUGAAUCUCUAUUAACUCUCUGUCUCCCCUGUCUCCCUCUCAGCCUGCUCUUCCUCCGAGUGAAGGCCUACAAUGAGAAGGAGGACUUUGCCUUCUGUUCAGUGAAGGGCUGUGAGAGGGUUAAAAUCACAGCAGUUAUCCCUAAGGGCAGCGGCCCCAGUGACUGCAUGGCACAGGCCUACCCCCUGCAUGCAGAGAUGCCCAUCGUAGAUGUGCCCAUGCCAAGGAAACUGCCCAGCGCCGAGCUGGUGAGGACAGAGCUCGGUCUGUUGGUGACAAUGUGACAAAUGACACUUUGCAUCAUUUUGUAAAAUAGUUAUUUGUAGUUACCAAAAUAUUUAAAUAGUUUAUCAAACACAUAUGUAAACUGUUUAUUACUGAUUCGUAGUAUUCAUAGUACUAUGUACUAGUAUAUAGUAUUGUAGUAAUACUAGUACAUAUUAUUCAUAGUAUAUUCACAUUAUUUUAAACCCUUUACAACCUCUUUAUAAAGUGUUACUGAUACAGUCAUGUAAAGAAAGAGAUGUCUUGGCAUCUCAUCAAUAAAUCUCUGUAGCAGUGUUGUGGACAUGAUUGACAUUUCUAUACCAGUGUCGGCCACCUAAGCUCUCUCUCUCUCUCUCUCUCUCUCUCUCUCUCUCUCUCUCUCUCUCUCUCUCUCUCACUCUCACUCUCACUCUCACUCUCACUCUCUCACUCACUCACUCACAGCGCACCACAGACCACUUCCUGGAAGUCAAGCUGGAGUCCUACAACACACGCUUCUUCCACAUCAAGGAGGACUUCGCCUACACAGAGGUGUGUGUGUGUUUGCUUUUUCUGUGAGUAAAAAGUUGUUAAAUGAUGUCUUGAUUGGAUAUUGUGGUUGCCGGGCAGGUUAACGGCAGGAAGUUGUACCAGCCAGACGAUGGGGUGCAGCUGACGGUGAUGGACGGCCAUGACGGGAGACUGGUGGAGAGCAAAGGCUUCAGGAACUCCAUACUGCAGGGCAUACCUGCCCAGAUAGAGAGCUAUGUUAACAACCUGAAAGACAAGUAAGAACACACACACACACACACACACACACACAAGCUAACAUUUUCAUGUUAGAAUGGGAAGACACUGAAGUGAACAAUGUUAACUCUCUCUUCUUUUCCCCCCACUCCAUCCCCCAUCUUUCUCUCUCUUCUCUCUCUCUCCCCCUCACUCCCUCUUUAUCUCUCUCUCUCUAGCUCCAUCGUCAUAAUAACGUCUAAGGGCCGUCUGGUGACUCGGGGCCCCUGGACCAGAAUACUGGAGCUCCUCGGAGCUGACAAGACCCUCAAGUUGAGAGGUAACUAACUAACUAGCUAACUACUGGAGCUGCUUAAAGCUGACAAGACCCUCAAGAUGAGAGGUAACUAACUAACUAGCUAACUACUGGAGCUGCUUAAAGCUGACAAGCCCCUCAAGUUGAGAGGUAAUUAACUAACUAGCUAACUACUGGAGCUGCUUAGCGCUGACAAGACCCUCAAGUUGAGAGGUAAUUAACUAACUAGCUAACUACUGGAGCUGCUUAGCGCUGACAAGACCCUCAAGUUGAGAGGUAACUCACUAACUAGCCAACUACUGGAGCUGCUUAGAGCUGAUAAGACCCUCAAGUUGAGAGGUAAAUAACUAACUAGCUAACUACUGAAGCUUCUUAGCGCUGACAAGACCCUCAAGUUGAGAGGUAACUAACUAACUAACUAACUAACUAGCUACUGGAGCUGCUUAGAGCUGACAAGCCCCUCAAGUUGAGAGGUAAUUAACUAACUAACUAACUACUGAAGCUUCUUAGCACUGAAAAGACCCUCAAGUUGAGAAGUAACUAACUAACUAGCUAACUACUGUAGCUGCUUAGAGCUGACAAGACCCUCAAGUUGAGAGGUAACUAGCUAACUAACUAACUACUGGAGCUUCUUAGCGCUGAAAAUACCCUCAAGUUGAGAAGUAACUAACUAACUAGCUAACUACUGGAGCUGCUUAGCGCUGACAAGAUCCUCAAGUUGAGAGGUAACUAGCUAACUAACUACUGGAGCUUCUUAGCGCUGACAAGACCCUCAAGUUGAGAGGUAACUAGCUAACUAACUAACUACUGAAGCUUCUUAGCGCUGAAAAGACCCUCAAGUUGAGAGGUAACUAACUAACUAGCUAACUACUGGAGCUUCUUAGUGCUGAAAAGACCCUCAAGUUGAGAGGUAACUAGCUAACUAACUAACUACUAGAGCGCCUUAGAGCUGACAUGACCCUCAAGUUGAGAGGUAACUAACUAACUAACUAACUAACUACUAGAGCGCCUUAGAGCUGACAUGACCCUCAAGUUGAGAGGUAACUAACUAACUACGCAGGUCUGGUCAAUUAUUUAUUUCUUGGAAUUAAAAGGUUAUUUCUGAAAAAAUAUGAUUCUGAGAUUAUUAGCUUUAAAGUUCCGAACCCUCAUUGGUUUGAAUGAAUUUUAAUAUGGUAUGCUUUUUAACUUAACAACAUGAAUCAGGGUAUUUAGAACAAGGGUGUCAAUAACUCAAUUUUGAGAAAAAUGCAGAUAGAACCUUUAUAAUCCUAAACUAGUUCCUGGAGGAGAUUUCGACCGACACACACUAGAGGGUGCUAUUGAUAUACUGUUGGGAUACAGAAACUAACGGUUUAUAAAAAGUGUUCAACGUUUUAAACUGGUGCUGUUCGUUUAUCAAAUCCAGUAAGCAAACUUUUAUUAAAAGUGUAUUAAAUCAUUCAAAAUGAUCUGGCUUGUAAUGAUUUUCAGUGUUUAGUGUUCAGGACUGACAGUGUUUCACAUACAAUCUCUCAUAAAUGCUGAUUCAUAGUAGCCUACGUAAUAAUGUAUAGCCUUCCUGAUUCAUAAUGAUGACUCAGCUAUUUCUAAGUCAAUACUCAUGCACGUGUGUGUGUGUGUGUGUGUGUGCGUCUGUGUGUGUGUGUGUGCAGAGGGGUAGUCAAUACUUAGCCGCAUGCCAGAGCAGCAGGGUCCUCCCUCCCUCCCUCCCUCCCUCCAUGUCUCCAUCCCUCCAUACUUAACCCCACUCCCUCCAUCUUCAAGUCACAUUGCCACAACCCACGUUUUGGAAUUCAAUGUCGCCAAAGAAAUCCUUCUCCAAAUUCUAAUUCUAAUUAUAGAUCAUACACUUACACACACAUUCUACGAAAUAGAUUCUACGCCCCUACACAUCCCGGAGCAGGCUGCGGGACACAUUUUUCUCACUGUGGGGUGUAAUUCCAGAGACGACAAAUGGUCUAUUUGUGUAGAAGUCAUUCCUGGAUGGGGUGAGACGCCUCAAUGGUAUGCACAGUGCUGGAGAACGGAGGAGGAGGAGGAAUGCCAGCUAGCUCUCUUUCUCGCUUUGUCUUUCUUUCUUUCUCCCUCCUCUCUCCCCUGUUCCUCCGCCCUCUCCCCCUUUCCCUCUCUGUCCUUCUAGGAAUAUUUUCUGGGGGGGAUUUUUGUGUUCUUUUUUUUUUGCUUGUUUCUUGUAUUUCUUGUGGAUUUGUUGAAGGGAGUGAGAUAGUAAUGUAUACUCUGAAUGUGAGCAGCAGACAUUGAGCCGGCAUUUCUUUCUUUCUCUGUGUUUCAGACAAGCUGACGUUUGUAGGCUUCAAGGGCACUUUCCGACCUGACUGGGUCCGUAUGGAGGUGGAUGAGGAGAGAGCUAAGAUCCAUCAGGUCCUCCCUAUCCCUGUGGUCAAGAAGAUGAAGCUAUGAGAGAGGAGAGGAGAGGAGAGGA